CCCGCCAACUCCUCAAUGCAUUUUUCUACAUUACGUCGGUGCUUGUCUCAGCAUGAAACAAGAAACUUGAAAGUUCAAUCUACGAUAGUCUCGUCCAUCAGUGGAGUUCUCCUUGAAUGCAACACCAAACUCCUCAUGUCCAUUCUCGUUUUCCUCACAUGUAAACGUCUUGAAAGACGAGUUUGCGUUUCUUCCUAUGGAAGGCAUAUUUUAGCAUGAUUUCACUGGCGAGUCCAUGGUCGGGCAACAUUCAUGUGCGCAAUCGGUUGUAGUAGUCUGGGUCAACUGUUUGUCGGUAGAGGGACAAUUAUUAGGUGCCGUGGUCGUGCAUGCCCCGCAAUCCUCUGACGGUACUGAGCAAGCAGUGUCACACGCAGACUUCUGCGUACCACAUUGCUUCGUGUCAGCAGCAUAUGAAGUUUGGACAGUGUUUGAAUCACAGGUCAGACUGCAUGUGGCUGUCGGUUCUGCCUUCGUGCAAUCGCCUUCUCGCACUUUCACGCCUGAGGUUCCUUCAGCGCAUGGCGCAGGACAACAAUCGCUUGCACACGAUUUCUUGAUGACGUCACUACAGGGCUUUGAAGGAGGUUCAGGACAGCAUGAUUUGGAGUCUGUGGUCGAAGUACAUUUAUAUGCGCAAUCGGUAGCAGCAAUUUGUGCCAACUGUUCAUCGGCCGGGGGACAUUCAUUAGGCGCCGCGGUUGUGCAUGCCCCACAAUCAUCCGACGGUAUUGAGCAGGUGUCCUGCGCACCGCAUCGUUUCGUGUCAGCAGCAGCACAUGAAGUAUUAUUCUCCGUCUGAGAUGUGCAUUGGACGGUCUUUGAAUCACAGGUCACACUGCAUGUGACCGUUGGUCCUGCCUUGGUGCAAUCGCCUUUCACACCUGGGGUUCCUUCAACGCAUGGCGCAGGACAACAAUCG